UAAAUUAUUUCCCUGUUACAUAAAUACAAAAAUGGCUUUUUCCCCAUUUGCUUCAUUUGUUCCUUUCGUUGCAUCACUAAAUAUUCCAAAAAGCAAUGAUUUCAACUCUAUGUAUCCAAUUAACAAGCCUUUUGUUAACAAACAAACCAUUACCGUUCCUGACCAUACUUCGCUUUUCACUCCAGUAAAAAUCUUUCAUUCCAAAAACCAAUCUUCCAUUUUGACAGAUGGUAUUGGCUAUGGAGAAGCUCAAAUUAAAGGGAGGAUUUUGAAGCAUGUUUUGAGAGAAAUAGGGGAUCCUUGGGAAUGUUUGAACUUAAUUGAUGCAACUCAACGUCUUGGGAUCGAUCACCAUUUCCAAGAGGAGAUUGAAGCUAUUCUACAAAGACAUUAUGUGUUAUUUAAUCCACAGACUGAUCUUCACAACGCUGCACUCCUUUUUAGACUUUUCAGACAACAGGGUUACCUUGUGUCUGCAGAUGUGUUCAAAUGUUUCUUGGACAAGAAGGGGAAGUUCAAGGAAGAGCUAAGAGAAGAUAUAAAGGGUCUGACAAGUUUAUAUGAAGCUUCACAACUAUGCAUGCAUGGAGAUGAUAUAAUUCUUGAAGAAGCUGAAAAUUUCAGUAGGCAUUGGCUAAAUGCAAGAGCUGAAGCUGAAAAUGUUGAUGUCCAUUUUGGGAGUUUUGUGAAUAAUACUUUAGCUUAUCCUCACCAUAAAAGUGUGGUGCAAUUGAUGGCACUUAACUAUUUUCAAGAUAUGCAAUGCCCAAACAAAUGGAUUAAUAUUUUUCAAGAUGCUGCAAAAAUUCAGCUUUAUACAACUCAACGCUUGCACCAAAAUGAAUUCGCUCACUUUAUGAAAUGGUGGAAAGAUACAGAAUUAGCAAAAGAGUUGAAUUUUGCUAGAGAUCAACCCAUGAAAUGGUAUGUGGCUUCACUAGUUUGCCUCACAGAUUCUUUCUACUCAGAACAAAGAAUCCAACUUGCAAAAUCCAUCACACUCAUAUAUCUUAUUGAUGACCUUUUUGAUCUAUUUGGAACUCUUGAACAACUCACCUUAUUCACAGAAGCAGUUUCUAGAUGGGACUUGUCUGCUGCUGAAGGAUUACCUGAUUGCAUGCAAAUUUGUUUAAGAUUCCUAUUUGAAGUUACAAAUGAAAUAAGUUUCCAGAUCUAUCAAAAGCAUGGUUGGAAUCCCAUUAGCUACUUACACAAAGCGUGGGCUAAAUUAUGCAAGGCAUUUUUGGUUGAAGCUGAAUGGUUGAGUUGUGGGCAUUCACCAAGUGCAGAAGAAUAUCUGAAAAAUGGAGUUAUUAGCACCGGCAUCCCCGUUACAUUAAUCCAUGCUUUCCUUUUGUUAGGCCAACAAAUUACCAAAGAAACUGUCCAACUUUUUGAUGAUGAUUUAGAUAUUGUUUCAUCUACUGCUACAGUUUUGAGGCUUUGGGAUGACUUCGGAAAUGCCAAGGAUGAGAAGCAAGAGGGGCGUGAUGGGUCAUAUCUAGAAUAUUAUAUGAAGGAGAAUCCAAGUAUUUCUUAUGAAGAAACGCAACAACAUACAAUGAAGAAAAUUUCUAAUGCAUGGAAGACUCUCAAUAGAGAAUCAUUGUUAUCUAACCUAUUUCCUUCCAAGUUCAAUCAAGCUUGUCUUAAUGUUGCAAGAGCAGUUCCUUUUGCAUAUAACUAUGGUAGAAAUAAAUCCAUUACGAGCCUUGAAAACCUUGCGAAAAAAUUGUUUUUUCAUGAAAUGGAUACGUAUUUAGUUCAACAAAAUAAGUGGGGGGAGUGAUUCCAUCCUCUCACUUUUUUUGUCGGAGAUGUAUAUAUUUUUUAUUAGUUAAGUUAUACUCAAGUUGACAAUAUAAAUAAAACCGACCCUUAUAUGAUAAAUGUCCAUUCAAA